CAUAAUUCUAGCAGUUGCAAAGCACAAAGCCUGUCUUCCUUCUCCUAAUCUCCAACUCUGCUAUUGCCCCAUCUUUUUCUUCCCUCUUUCAACCUCUCUUCUCUAUUUUCUCCGCGCUUUCCUCGCUCUCCUCUUCAAAUUUACCUCUGUCCGCAAUAUGCUCCGAACCUCUGCUUCACUCGCCUAAUUUUACAGCUGCGCGUCGUGUACUUGAGAGUGUGGAAUAAAAAUUGCCAUGUAUGCAAGGAGAAUAAAUUGUAGGAAUCAAAGAUGGGGUUCCCUACUUCAGUCUUCCAAAUAUUUAUUUAGGCCAAACUGCUUGGAUCAUGCUUGUUCUCGAUCUUUGAGCCAUAUUGCUGCAUCGAGAAACCACUCUUUGCAGAGCCAUUCGAUAAGAAGAUAUUUUUCAGAUUUGUUUUUGUCUUUAGCUGUUGCUCCUGGAAGCUGUCAUAAUGGUUUUUGUGUGAGGUGUAGUAUAGGUUUGAGAAGUACUUGGCUGCGUGCCUACAGUUCCGAAGGUGAUGGAAGGAAUGCAAGUGAGAAUAAUCGUAAACCUGUAACUGAUGGUGCUAACUUGGAUAAGGGAGAGAAGGGAAAGACAUGGCCUGAAAAAGUUAGGGAAGAAAUGAAGCACUGUGAUGCACAUGCUCGACUUGGGGAACAAGAACAAAAGGAAUGGCUACAUAAUGAAAAGCUCACCAUUGAGAGUAAAAAGAAAGAAUCACCAUUUAUAACUAAACGUGAAAGGUUUAAAAAUGAGUUCUUGCGGAGGGUUGUUUCAUGGGAGAAAAUAAACAUUUCCUGGGAGACAUUUCCUUACUAUAUUCAUGAGCACACCAAAAAUCUUUUGGUGGAAUGUGUUACUUCACAUUUGAAACAUAAGAAAUUUGCUGCCUCUUUUGGUGCUUGCCUAUCAUCUUCAAGUGGGAGAAUAUUGCUUCGAAGUGUUCCAGGCACUGAACUUUACCGGGAGAGAUUAGUUAGAGCAGUUGCACGAGAUUUACAAGUUCCACUCUUGGUGCUUGACAGCAGUGUUCUUGCUCCUUAUGAUUUUGGUGAUGGUUACUCAUCAGAUGAAGAUAAUGUGGAAUCCUCUGAGGAUUGUACUUCAGAGUCAGAGGUUGAGGAUGAGAAUAAUGCAAGUAAUGAAGAUGACUGGACAGGCAAUAAUGAGGCAAAAUCAGAUUGUAGUGAUAAUGAUGUUGAUGUGGAAGCUACUGCUGAGAAAGCCCUUAAGAAGCUUAUUCCUUACAACCUCGAAGAUUUUGAGAAGACAUUCGCUGGAGAAGUUGAGAGUUCUUCUGAGUCAUCAAAGUCUGAGGGUGGUGAGCCUUCUGAUAGAUCCAAACGGCCACUAAAGAAAGGGGAUCGAGUGAAAUAUACUGGGCCUUCUAUACGCAUUGAAGCUGACAACAGGGUCAUUUUGGGGAAGAUACUGACGUCUGAUGGUCCGAAAAAGGCUUACAGCAAUAUUCCUGGCAGGCCUUUAACCAGUGGGCAACGUGGGGAGGUAUAUGAAGUGAAUGGAGACCGAGUUGCAGUUAUUUUGGAUAUUGUUGGUGACAGUAAAGUGAGUGAAGGAGAGAAGGAUGACAAAGUGGCAGAGCAGUCUACAAAGCCACUGAUUUAUUGGAUAGAUGUGAAGAACAUUGAGCAGGACCUGGAUACCGAGGCAGAGGAUUGCUAUAUUGCAGUGGAGGCUUUAUGUGAGGUUUUGAACUCCAGGCAACCUCUUAUUGUCUAUUUCCCAGAUUCAUCUCAGUGGUUGUCCAGAGCAGCCCCCAGGUCUAUUCGUAAGGAGUUUGCCCAUAAGGUGCAGGAGAUGUUCAACCAAUUAUCAGGCCCCUUAGUUUUGAUUUGUGGGCAGAACAAAGUUGAAACUGGGUCCAAGGAGAAAGAGAAAUUUACAAUGAUACUCCCAAAUUUUGGUCGGCUUGGUAAGCUGCCUCUCCCCCUGAGGCACCUUACUGAGGGACUUAAAGCAACAAAGAGAUCUGAUGAUAGUGAACUUUAUAAGCUCUUCACCAAUGUUUUGUGUAUUUAUCCACCCAAGGAGGAAGAUCUCCUGAGAACAUUUAAUAAACAGGUUGAAGAGGACAGAAGAAUUGUAAUAUAUCGGAGUAAUUUAAAUGAAUUACAUAAGGUGCUUGAGGAACAUGAUCUGUCAUGCAUUGAUCUAUUGCAUGUAAACACUGACAGUGUGAUACUAACAAAGCAGAAAGCUGAGAAAGUUGUUGGGUGGGCCAAAAAUCAUUACUUGUCUUCUUGUGAGCUUCCUUCCAUAAAAGGGGAGCGACUGUACCUGCCGCGUGAAAGCCUUGAGAUUGCGAUUUUGAGGUUGAGGGAGCAAGAAUCUGCAAGUCGAAAGCCUGCCCAGAGCUUGAAGAACCUUGCAAAGGAUGAGUAUGAGACUCAUUUUGUCUCAGCCGUGGUUCCUCCCAGUGAAAUUGGUGUAAAAUUUGAUGAUGUAGGUGCCCUUGAAGAUGUGAAGAAGGCCCUGAAUGAACUUGUCAUUCUUCCAAUGAGAAGACCUGAGCUCUUUAUCCGUGGAAAUUUGUUGAGGCCAUGCAAAGGAAUAUUACUUUUUGGACCUCCUGGAACUGGUAAAACCCUUGUUGCCAAGGCACUUGCAACAGAGGCUGGAGCAAACUUUAUCAGCAUAACUGGCUCAUCUCUUACUUCAAAGUGGUUCGGUGAUGCCGAAAAGCUUACCAAGGCUCUCUUUUCUUUUGCCAGCAAGCUGGCACCUGUGAUAAUAUUUGUUGAUGAGGUCGACAGUUUGCUUGGUGCUCGUGGUGGUGCUUUUGAGCAUGAAGCAACUAGAAGAAUGAGAAAUGAGUUCAUGUCAGCAUGGGAUGGUUUGAGGUCCAAAGAAAGCCAAAAAAUCCUCAUCCUUGGUGCCACAAAUCGUCCAUUUGAUCUUGAUGAUGCAGUCAUUCGCCGCUUGCCUAGAAGGAUAUAUGUGGACCUACCAGAUGCCAAAAAUCGUUUGAAGAUUUUGAACAUUUUUCUUGCACAAGAGAAGUUGGAACCUAAUUUCCAAUUUCAGGAACUUGCCUGUGUAACCGAGGGAUAUUCUGGCAGUGAUUUGAAGAACCUCUGUAUUGCUGCAGCAUAUCGACCUGUUCAAGAACUUUUAGAGGAAGAAAAGAAGAUGGGCAAAAAUUAUGUAUCUCCGGAAUUGAGGCCUCUUACAUUGGAGGACUUUAUUCAGUCGAAAGCCAAGGUUGGUCCGUCUGUCGCGUAUGAUGCCGCAAGCAUGAAUGAGUUGCGGAAGUGGAAUGAACAGUAUGGAGAAGGUGGAAGCCGGAGAAAAUCACCUUUCGGUUUCUAAAGCUAUUGUAACAUUGUUGGUUUAUUAAUUUAUUUGUUCAGAAUUUUAAAAAAAUUCCGAGUUCAGCAUCAAUAUAACAUUCAGCAGAAAGAAAGCUCGGAUUUUCAUCAUUUUUGAACAGAUGAGAAGGAAGGAGUUGUUGAUCGCAAUAGCAUAAUUUUCAUGUAAUCUUUAGGUAUUUUAGAAUGAUUUUUUUUUUUUUCACAGGCAUAAGUUAUGCCAUGUACAUUAAUAUUACUAGCAUUUCAUAAAUUUUGAAAAUUUUAUCA